AGGGUCCCCAAUCUGUCUUUUCACCGCUCAUCGGCUUCAUCGUUGGAGCAUACUGCACACAGCUUCAUCGGCCGGAGGCACGCGCUGUCCGCGUCGCAAGGCAAAGCCAGAUCAUCAGAUUGGAUAACGUCUUUCCUUUGCUUUGCCCUUUUCUUCUAUGCUGUGUGCUUCCAUUAAGCAGAACCACACUGAUCAUGUUUUAAAAAUUAAAGCCGUUGCAGCUACCGGUUAUUUUCCUCCAACGGCCUCCCUUACCGCAUCCAUCCACACACACACAGGCCGGCCCACGCACAACCAUCAGGUCCUCUCCUCGCCGCUCCCCUAAUUCGAAGCGCCGGGCGGUCUCUCCUCCGCGCCCCCUGAUCAAGCCGAGUCGCCUCGAGCCCUCGACACCGACGGGUUCCAGGCUCGAUUGGGGUUGAGUUCUCAGUGAUGGCGGCCGCGUCCAGGAAGGAGGAGGAGAGGAACGAGCGGAUCGUGAGGGGCCUCCUCAAGCUGCCGCCCAACCGCAGAUGCAUCAACUGCAACGCCAUCGGGCCACAGUACGUCUGCACGAGCUUUUGGACAUUCAUCUGCAUCUCCUGCAGCGGCAUCCACCGUGAGUUCACGCACCGAGUAAAAUCGGUGUCUAUGUCCAAGUUCACCGUGCAAGAGGUUGAGGCCCUUCAAAAGGGUGGGAACCAGCGAGCCAGAGAAUUAUUGUUGAAGGAUUUCGAUACCCAGAAAAUGAGGGUACCUGAUAGCAGCAACAUUGAAAGCCUUAGAGAAUUCAUAAAUGCUGUUUAUGUGGAGAGAAGAUAUGCUGGUGUAAGUUUGUCCGAAAGGCCUCCAAGAGAUAUACAGAUUCAAAGAUCCCAUGAAGAGGAACAUAGAAGGGCUAGUUCCUAUCAUUCAUUUUCUCAGAGCCCACCUAAUGACUACCAAUAUGAAGAAAGGCGCAAUCGCAAGCAACCUGCAAUGCUAAGUAGGAAACCUAGUUCAGACCGAGGGCAUGAUGGGAAGAUGCCUGGAUUUUCUUAUCGUUCACAUAGUCUGCAAGAGAGAAUGUCUGAGGACCAAUUUGCAAAUCAGAGUCGUGGACCGAGGACUUCUGACUGCUCAGGGUCAAGCAUGAGUGGUACCUUUGGAACAGCACCCAAAUCACCUGAUUUCUUCGAUGAUGGGUGUUUAAGCCCUCCUGUCCAACAAAAUCAAUCAAAUAUGCUGAGUUCUAAUGGCAUCACUCAAUCCCAGAGAACUGCAUCAACAGGGAACAUAGAUUCCACAUCGCUUAAGUCAGGCAACUCAAGCUUAGCUGAUUUGUUUUUUGAUUUUGAGAAUGUUCACCGAACUCAGCAAUCCAACAAUUCUGCAGCUCCAAGUUUUGUAGCCUUUUCUGCUGCUGUAAAUGGUACAAAGGAGGAUCUCUUCAGUCAGCCAAAUUUGCAGCAACAACCUGUAACUAGCUAUCCAUCUGUAGAUUUAUUUGCAAAUAUGCCUCAUACAGCUUCAUCUGCUGAUAAAAUGCCACUGGGAGCUCAUCCAUCUGUAGAUUUGUUUGCAAAUAUGCCUCAUACAGCUUCAUCUGCUGAUAAAAUGCCACUGGAAGCUCCAUCAAUGGGCAAUGCUGGGUGGGCUACAUUUGACACGCCCCCAAAGGAUAAACAGCCUGGAGUCACUUGUCCCUCUCCUGUAGCUGACGUAGGUAAUCAUAAACAGAUUCUGGGUCGUGAUUUGUUUUCGUUCGAAACAAGUGAUAGACCAACAUUGUUCCCGACUUCCAAGCACGAAGUUUCAAUCAGCAAUCAGUCUGGUGCUACAUCUCUUGAUACAAGUUGCUCUCAGUUAUGGCAUUCAUUUGAUGAUGCAACUGGGAUCAUCUCAAAUGAUCACUCUGGUGCUGAGCCACUAAGUAAUGAGCUCACAAAUGUAGUCAAUGUUACCAACAAUCCUUUUACUUGCCCUAUUAGUUCAAAGAAAUCUCAUGGUGGUGAUUGCCAUAAUGUGUUCAUGGAUGAAUUAGCUCUAAGUGCAUCAUUUGCUCCUUUCCUAGAGCCAUCUCCAAUAUCUGAUGUUCCUUCAGGAAAACCCUUUGCUGAUCAGAUUGUGCUAAAUCCAUUUGAUCUCCCCUUUGGUACUGAUUCAGAGGCUACUAAUCUGUUCAUGGGCAUGAGCACGUUGCAAGCUGCUUUGCCUAAUUUACCAAUUUCUUUUCUUGAUGGUUUGCCUGAAUCAUGGUUCUCCAACAAUACUUCUACCUAUGUUCCGUCUGGAUCACAUGGUGGAUUAACAUGUCUUGUCGAGCAGGCCCCGAACUCUCCGUUGAGGAACAUAACAUUGAGCACUGUAUCAACUGGCAAUCCUUUUGCAUAGAGAAAGGAUUCGGCUUGGAAAUCUACAUGGCUUUGUGCUGCUUGGACUUGUGAAAAGAGCAGAGGAGUACCUGUUGACUUGUUCCUUCGGUUCACUGAACUUGUAUGUAUCAGAUACAGAUAGGGAGCUCGUGAAGGCCAUUCUGCGGAGACUCGGAUAUCUAUAUCUAUGGUUUGGCUGACAGUGCACAUUUUGUGCCCCUUGCCUCUUGGAGUUUGGGAACCCUUGCUGGUGGUGGCUUUGACGACGAUGACAGUGGAUGACAGUGGUGAUGCUAACGUUAGUAGAUGUUGAGCCGUAAGCGUGACUUAUCCUGCUAUUGCUAUAUUCACAAAACGUCAUUGCCUACUGGAAAAGUUAUUCCUAGACGCGACGUCUGAUAGACCAAUCUUCCACCAUUAUAUUAUAUAUAUACAUAACGUUUCUUGGUCGAUGCUCUAGAAUGUCGCAUGAUUUGUCAUAGGAGGACUCUGUUUAAAGGUUGUCGUAUUUGUCCCUUUCCAAGGAAGUCCUUUUUGAUGCUUA